CAGUUACAGAACGAAUUUGGAAUUAAAAAACUGUUGUUGUUUUUUUAUUUAAUUAACAAUUUAUUUAUAAAUUUCCAUUUACAAUUAAUGUUCAUGCACACGUAGUCACGUGACCCACCCGGAAGUGUUCAAGUAAGGAUACACAAGUUCUGAAAAUGCCAGCUUAUCAUUCAAAAUUUACUGAACCUCCAAAGUUGGUUGGGAAUAUGGCCCUCCUGCCACUUCGAACAUCAUAUAAAGGACCAGCACCGAAAGAUACUACAGAUUUUGAUAUUAUAGACGAAGCAAUUUCUUUCUUCAAGGCAAAUAUCUUCUUCAGAACUUAUGAAAUAAAGAGUGAAGCAGAUAGGACCUUGAUCUACAUAACUCUAUACAUGAGUGAAUGUCUCAAAAAGUUGCAACGGUGCAAUUCAAAGAAUGAAGGACAGAAGGAGAUGUACACUUUAGGCAUUAUCAACUACCCCAUUCCAGGCGAGCCAAAGUUCCCACUCAAUGCAAUGUUCUCAAAGCCCUCCAGCAAAGCAGAAGAAGAUACUAUGAGGGCAUACUUGCAACAAAUCAGACAGGAAGUGGGUAUUCGGAUGUGUGACAAGGUCUUCGACCCAGAGACUGACAAGCCCUCUAAGUGGUGGAUGUGCUUUGUGAAGAGGAAGUUCAUGGACAAAAGUCUAGCAGCUCCUGGGCAGUAGAUGUAUAGAAACACGACCAAGUUGGGACAUUUAGUGGUGCAUAACCAAAUACAUGUAUGAAAAUCAACAUUCAGAAAAGUUUGCCCGCCAUACUUUUUAUGCAAUACAUUCCUCUCCAUGUGAGAUUGAGUGGAUAAUUGUUUUGUCAGUAAUUCUUUUGGGCAAUUCCUCUUCUAUUAUGUUCAGAACUCAAUAGCUUAGUUGAUUAACAAUAUUGAUGUUUUCUAAUUGAAGAUCACUGUGUAUACUCGAGUAUAUUUAUGCUGUCCUCCGGCUGUUUAUACCUCUUGUAACUGUAUCUGUACACAUUAUAUUUGUACAAAUAAAAUAUUAAAACAGUU